AUGUGCUGUGAAAUGAGGCCACAGCUUGGAGCCGCGCGGCGUGCCGUCUGGACAACCUGGCCUGUCCUGUGUUCGCAGCACAAAUCGCCCUCCUCUUUCCGCUCCGCAAAGAAGAUCGUCGCGGCGGCGACCGCCCCUCUGGCGCUGAAUCAUCAAAGGAAGAAGAAUACGGUCAUUGUCAUCUCCGGACCUACUGGUGCUGGGAAGAGCAGGCUCGCGUUGGAGGUGGCCAGGAGGCUCGGAGGAGAGAUCAUCAGUGCGGACUCCGUGCAAGUCUACCGUGCCCUUGACGUUGGUUCCGCCAAACCGUCCGCGACGGAGAUGGGCAUGGUGCCACAUCACUUGAUCGACAUACUGCACGCGUCAGAUGAUUACUCGGCUGGAGCCUUCUUUCGCGAUGCCCGGAGAGUAACACGGGAUGUCCUUGACAGAGGGCGAGUGCCGGUUGUUGCAGGAGGGACUGGGCUCUACUUACGGUGGUACAUGUAUGGCAAGCCAAAUGUUCCACAGUCAUCCAUGGACAUCACUUCGGCUGUGUGGUCUGAGCUCGUCAGUUUUCGGGAGAGUGGCCAGUGGGAGCAAGCAGUAGAGCUAGUGGUCCGGGCUGGUGACCCCAAAGCUCGGGACUUGUCUGUGAAUAACUGGAAGAGGUUGAGCCGCAGCCUUGAGGUUAUUAGAUCAUCAGGUUCUCCUCCCUUUGCCUUCACCUUACCAUACGAUACGUUUUGUGAACAGCAUGGCACCAAGGUCUCUGCUGGAGGGAACUGUGAAGCCAUGGAGAUGGAUUAUGACUUCUUCUGUGGCUUACUUUCAGAAGCCUCGUGGCUGCUUGAUAUCGGUUUGCAUCCACAUGUCAACUCUGCAACUCGUGCCAUUGGUUACAAGCAAGCCAUGGAGUACCUGCUGCACUGUAGGCAGAAUGGAGGUGAAAGCACCACACAGGAGUUCCUCGAAUUUCUGGCCAAGUUUAAAAGUACAUCUAGGAACUUCGCAAGGCGGCAAAUUACAUGGUUCCGCAAUGAGAAGAUAUACCAGUGGGUCAAUGCCUCACAACCAUUUGAGGCGAUUGUUCAAUUUAUCUGUGAUGCUUACCAUGGCUGCAGUCCAAGGAUGGUCCCUGAAUCACUUGAAAUGAAAAGGGAAAGUUGCAUGCUCGAAAGUCGUGAUCUCAAAACCUAUCGCUCAGAGAACAGGGUGUUCCUUGGAGAUCAUGACUGCUCUCACGUUUUGAAUUGGAUCAGGAGAACGCAGGGCAAAUGA